GCCUAGCUAUGUUAGCAAAAGCUAUCUCACUUCGCUGAUUUGUAUCUGUUAGAAUGGAGACUUUAGCGUUUAAAUGUAUUGAGUGUAAUGAAGACGCAGUUGAACUCCACAGGGACUACAGAAACGGGAUACUGAAGAUAACGAUAUGUAAAUCCUGUGCAAAGCCAGUGGACAAGUACAUAGAAUAUGAUCCCGUCAUUAUUUUAAUAGAUGCCAUAUUAUGCAAGAUCCAGGCUUUCAGGCACAUUCUAUUCAACACAGAUAUAAAGAUACACUGGAAGUUGUGCAUCUUCUGCUUGUUGUGUGAAGCAUAUCUGAGGUGGUCCCAGCUCCAGGGUUCAGAAGUAACCAGUGAUCCUGCUGAUAUUAUCAGAUACACAAAAGAAUGGGACUUCUAUGGGAUGUUUGCUCUGGCUGCUCUUGAGUUGGCCGUGUACUGUGUAGGUGUGUUUGCGGUGUUGUGGCCGGUGCAGUGGUUGUACGGGUCCUCUGUGGAAGUGAUUCCACUGCUGAAGGCUCUACUGCUCUCCUGCUAUGGAAAAGUGCUGCUGAUUCCUGCGGUAAUCUGGGAACAUGACUACUCUCCCCUCUGCUUCAGACUCAUCAGACUGUUCGUCCUCACCUCAAAUACACAGGCCAUACGGGUGAUUCUGAACUGCAGACGAAGAUUGUCCAUCAUUGCUGUAUUUGGAGGGCUGCUAUUAGAGACAUAUGUGUCAAACGGUUUACAAAAACUGCAGCUAAACUCGCACGACUACCUGCCGGACCUGUACACCUGAACCAGUCACACCACAGGGACUAUAUAAUAUACAGGUGUCAGCUAAGGGAAGACUAGCAGUCUGCAGUAUUUUGCCCAAUAAGACAUGUCUGCCUUUAGGUUUAUUUAUUUAUCUGUAUCCUUUAUGAUAACAGGACCAUUUUCUGGACUCCACACUUACUGUACAUAAGAACAUACUGCAUGUCUGAAGAAUAACUUUACAAACUACAACAUUUUAACGGUCUCAUUUUUUUUUUCUUUUAGGAGAAGGGACUUUUUUUUUGUUUACUUUAAUGUUUAAGAUGUUGAAGAAUUUAAUCCAAGUAAUCCAGGACAAUUUCUGUAGAUGUUUAUAAAAGUAAUAAUCUUGUUUUUCCAAGAUUCCCAUAAAACUAACUGUAUUGGGCAGAUAGAUCUCACAGGAAAUUAAGAAAACGAAGAAAGAAAAAAUUAAUGAAAGAAGUUUUAACAAAUUCUAUUUGACAUUGCACUUUACAUGUCCUGGCAUUUAACUAAUUGUUUUUUUUUUUAAUAAUAUAACGAUGCAAAAACUAUAUUUUGUCCAGGACUGAUAUAUUGUAUUUUUUUUUUACUGAAUUCAGAAAAGCAAAUCAAACAACUAAAAACCAUAAAUAAUCAAAUUAUAUAUGUAUAAAAACAAUUUCAGUUUAGUCAGCAAGAGUCUUAUGCAUACUGUAAUAGAUACUUAAAUGUAGAUUUAAUAUUUUAUAUUAAGUAAAGCUGUGUUUUCUAUUUAGUCAGUAAUUGUCAGUUACUGUGAUAAACAACACUGACAAACAUAGUUUAAUUCUGUAUCUCCUUAUUCAACCUCACCUUGACAACAAAUGGGUCUUUUAAAGAAGUUAUCAAAUUGGUUCAGAAUGAUUUUGUAUGGUAAUAAAGUCAACAUGUUUAUCUUUUUGCAAGACUGAGUGCAAUUGGGCAAAACUGGACCCCUGUUUUAAAUAGGUGUCCAAACACAAAUGUUUAAAACUUUGUACGCAGCAAAAUAUUUAUAAAUGUAAACAGUCUCUCAAGAUGAUAAUACCUAUAAAUGCAGUACAAUAAAAAAUAAACGGCAUGUCAAAUGUGCAAAUAUGAAAGAACAUCAGUACUUGCAUAAAACACCAUAUGUUUUCCCUUAAUAAUAAACAUUCACAUAUAAACA